UCCCCGGAGCGACGGAGGGGAGUGGGAAACCGGGAGUGCUGUACUACUGGAGAGGCAAAACAAGACGUGGAGGAUACCUUUGUUUUCUUCGGUACUGCCUGAGCCAGUACGCUCUUUUUUUUAGGUAGGAAAGGGGAACGCAAAGGAAUUCCGUCUGAACUGCUGCCGUGCUCUUGUUAGUCCCUUUCUCCCCCUCUCUCCCUCUCCCUUCUCGAUCUGAGAAUGGGGAAGGAGCAGGAACUCUUAGAGGCGGCCCGCACUGGCAAUCUUGCCGCCGUUGAAAAGCUUCUGUCUGGGAAGCGACAAUCGGCAGGGAGCGGCGGCGGAUCCUCGGGGAUUGGGGGAAGCGGCGGUGGCGGCGGACACAGUUCAUCAUCUCACCCGCUCUCCAGCCUGCUCAGUAUCUGGAGGGGCCCCAAUGUGAACUGCGUGGACAGCACUGGAUACACACCUCUCCACCACGCUGCUCUCAACGGACACAGCGAGGUGGUGGAGGCGCUGCUGAGGAACGAGGCGCUCACCAACAUCGCUGACAACAAAGGCUGCUACCCCCUGCACCUGGCUGCCUGGAAGGGCGAUCAGCAAAUCGUCCGGCUGCUUAUCCACCAGGGCCCCUCCCACCCCAAACUCAACGAGCAGACAAAGACACGGGUUCUUAGAAGGAACCAGCUGAAGUCGAUAUGUAAGAGCUCUGUAGACCACAAAGAGUUCAAACGCUGUGGGCCCUUUGAUCCAUAUAUUAACGCCAAGAACAAUGACAAUGAGACCCCGCUGCACUGUGCCGCACAGUACGGCCACUCGGAGGUGGUGCGCCUCCUGCUGGAGGAGCUGACCGACCCCACCAUGCGCAACAACAAGUUCGAGACCCCGCUGGACCUAGCCGCUCUCUACGGCCGGCUGGAGGUGGUCAAGCUGCUCCUCAAUGCCCACCCCAACCUGCUCAGCUGCAACACCAAGAAGCACACGCCCCUCCACCUGGCCGCCCGCAACGGCCACCUGCCCGUGGUGGAGGUGCUGCUGGAGGCUGGCAUGGACAUCAAUUACGAGACGGAGAAGGGCAGUGCCCUCCACGAAGCCGCCCUGUUUGGGAAGACUGACGUGGUGCAGAAGCUGCUGAGCGCAGGGAUCGAUGUUAACAUUGUGGACUACAAGGGCCAGACGGCGCUGGACACCGUCAGAGAGAUGCCCUCCCAGAAGAGCCGGCAGAUCGCUGCUCUCAUCCAGGGUCACAUGACUGGUAACCCACCAGACAUUGCCCUGCCCCCACCCCCUGUCCCUCCCACUCAGGAGAACCUCAGCCCCAAGAAAAAAGGUGAGAUGGAUCAGCAGGUGAGUGAGCUGAUCUCAGGGCUGGCCCCAGGGCCUGAGGAGGAGAGCCCGUACGAGGCGCUGUUCGAGGCUACCUCCUGCCAUUCACUGGACAGUCUGGCCAGCGGCAAGUCCUCCGACCGAGACUCGGGUCGCCCCGACAGCGAGGCAGGCAAGAAGGAGCGUCCGCCCCACCCCACGCAGCCUCCGCCUGACCAUGAGGAGGACGUCAGCUCUGAGGCCCUGUACACCAACAGCAGUAUCGAUGAGAGGGGCGAGGUGGCCGAGGAGGAGGAGCACACCUACGAGCUGCUGCUGUCUGCCCAGACCAAGAUCCCCCCACCCAAACAGGACCCUCCAUCUCGCACAGGGCCAGAUGAGGAUGGUGCUGCACAGUCUUCCAACAGCCUCCUACCUCAGCAGCACCGGAAGCCGGCCCCUCCCAGUGACCUCCGACCCUCAGGCCAGUCUGUCGACACCCUGCAGCCCCCGGGGCAAACCUUCGGGCCCGGUCGGCCGGGACUCCGAGUCCCUGGAGGUGAGUUCACAGAAAGCGCCCAGGAGCAGGGGUCCGGCAUCCCCGAGCAGUUCACGGGUCUCCUGCACGGAUCCUCGCCUGUCUUCGAGAGCCGAGAGGAGCCCUUCAAGGCGGUCGCGCCCUCCGCGGCCCCCGGGAGCCAAGGCCAGGCGCCCAGCACCUCGGGCCCCCCGCCGCCGCCAGCAGCAGCAGCAGCCAUGUCGGCCCCCAUACCGGACUUCGACCCCAAAGCUAUCUACGCCACCGUGGUGCACACUAAAUCCGAGCGGAAGGACUCGCCCCCUGCGCCACCCGCCGGGCGCAUGCGGCCCCCGGGGGACCUGAAGCUGGCCCGGAGCCUCUCCAAGUCGGACUCAGACCUGCUGGUGUCGCCCCCUAGUGAGGAAGAGGGUGGGCUGGGCAGCCGCAGCGAGUCGGUGUCCAACUGCAGCGCCGGCAAGAAGAGGCUGGAGAAGUCUCCCUCUUUCGCCUCCGAGUGGGACGAGCAGACACAGCGGUCUCCGACCACACAACCUCGGAGAGCUAAGUCCUUUCACAGCAUCGAGAAGAUCAUGACCCUGAUUGGAGCCGGAAUCGACUUCUCCCGAGACCAGGAGGCCGCUGCCUCAGGUGGCCGUGCCCUGGACCAGCCCGUGGGCGACUGGCUGGAGCAUGUGGGCCUGCCGCAGUACGAGAGCAAGCUGCUCCUCAACGGCUUCGACGAUCUGCGCUUCAUGGGCAGUAACGUAAUGGAGGAUCAGGACCUGCGGGAGAUCGGGAUCACGGACCCAGGGCACCGGAGGAAGCUGCUGCAGGCUGCGCGCUCGCUGCCCAAGGUGAAGGCCCUGGGCUGCGAUGGCAGCACCUCGCUUGCGUCCUGGCUCGACACGCUGGGCCUGCAGGAGUACCUGCACAACUUCCUGUCCAGCGGCUACCGCUCCCUCGACUGCGUCAAGAACCUGUGGGAGCUGGAGAUCGUCAAUGUGCUGAAGAUUACUCUGCUCGGACACAGGAAGAGGAUCAUCGCCUCUCUAGCGGAGCGACCCUACGAGGAACCCCCUGUUAAACCCCCUCGCCUCUCCCAAAUCAGAUGUCAGGACCUGGUGUCGCAGCCCUCUUCCCCGCUGAGUCACAUGGACUCCUACACCGGCCGAUCCAUGGACCCACUCCUGCCCCCAGUGGAUUCUGGGAGGAGGAGGGGCCAGGACUCCGACUACGACGUGUCCCACCGCUCCCGGAGCGAGCGGCACCGCUCUCAUGACAGGUACGAUGACCGGCAGCGGGAGCCUCGUCUGACCCUCCGGCCACCCAGCCUGGCUGCACCCUACGCCCCCGUGCAGAACUGGCAUCACCAGCCCGAGAAGCUCAUCUUCGAGUCAUGUGGCUACGAAGCUAACUAUCUGGGAUCCAUGCUCAUCAAAGACCUGCGCGGCACCGAGUCUACCCAAGACGCCUGUGCCAAAAUGAGGCGGUCGACGGAGCAGAUGAGGAAGGUGCCCACCAUCGUCCUCUCCAUCACUUACAAAGGAGUCAAGUUCAUCGACGCCGCCAACAAGAACAUCAUUGCGGAGCACGAGAUUCGCAACAUCUCCUGCGCGGCCCAGGACCCUGAGGACCUGUGCACCUUUGCAUACAUCACCAAGGACCUGCAGACCAGCCACCACUACUGCCACGUCUUCAGCACUGUAGAUGUGAACCUGACCUAUGAGAUCAUCCUGACACUGGGACAGGCGUUUGAGGUGGCCUAUCAGCUGGCUCUGCAGGCCCAGAGGACCAAGCACCACCACGGGCUCCCAGCAGGACUGGGGUCGGAGGUCAUCGAGACCAAGUCCAGCCGGCCGGUGCCCAAGCCCCGGGGCAGCAUGCGGAAAUCAGCGGGUCCUCCUCUGCUUGAAAGCCGCUGCUGUUACUGUCACACGUGUACAACCCACCGCCCCUCCUACCUCCCGCUGCACUCUGUCAGUCCAGGAGUCCAGAUGGACCCCAUGGAGCUGGAGGCAGAAACGCAGUCCCAAGGCAGUGCCACGUGGCUGGUGGACCCCAAGGAUUCCAAGCGCACCAUCAGCACCAACUGAGCCCUGUGUUCGAUGGUCUGGACACCGAGCUGGGAGUCAGGGGUGAGGGCUGAGGCAGGGAGCUGGGAUGAGCAGACAGGGUGUUUUUUUUUUUUUUUUGUUUUGUUUUGUUUUCUGAUGGGGGAGUGUACCCUCCAUACCCUCUCCCCCAUAGAAUCCCAACUCGCCCCAACCCCCAUGAGCGCCCAAACCCACACUCCUAAACGUCCUGAAGAAACCAUCCUGAGAAGACCUGUAAAAACGAAUCCCCCCCCGUCCUCCCUCUCCCCCAACCCCUUACUCCCCUCCUCUCCUACACUGAAAAGGGCGUGCCUACUCCCCCCAAGCCCCUAGGGGUCAGUGCAGCCAUUCUGUCACGGGAAGACUGGAAUCUUUGCGGACAUCUGAUCACGGUACUGCUGUGUUGGUGCCGACCCGGCGCAGAUCAAGCAGAGACACUUGCCCUGUACGGCUCACAGACCACCCUCCACUAUGAGCCCUUGAGGCUGCGCUCCAUGGAGUUUACCGGGCAUCUUCACUUCACAUGACAUACACUGGAGAAUUAGAGCCCUUGGUUUGAUGAAUUAAAUGAUUAGCUCAGGUUCUUAACAAAGAGCUCAGGUGGGGUGAUGUCCAGGAGGGUCAAGAGUCGCGGGACAUUGCAGGUGAGGAUGACUGUAUCGGGGCAUUUCUGUCAAUGUGAAUUCAUUGUGUGUUUCACUUUUUUUUUUUUUUUGGACAUUUUUUUCUGUUACUUAUUAAAGCAAGGUAAUUCAUGUGACACCAGCAUGCGCCCUACAACCAUAUCCCAACAGGUAAGAGUGUGUAGUGUACAGACCUGUUGGCCCUUUCCAUGUGCACCUGACCUGCCCGACAUGCCCAUUCAAUGAAUGGGUGAUACUCCUUCCCCCGGCUCAAUACCACAGACAACUACCAGUUAGAACAAUCUAUUCUAAAUGCCCUUGCUAACUUCAGGUUAGCCAAACAGUUAUUGCCCACAGAAUAGCGAACGAGAAACUCGAUAUAUUUUCACACAGACAUACAGGAAUCAGUAAAUCUGUCAAGGGUAGGAGGAUAACAUUUAAUGUAGCAGGGAAAUUAAAAUCAAGGUUAUGCUGCAGCUGAAUCCAUGGACGGAGCUGUACAAGUGCAGGCUUGGCCAUGAUGUAAGGUACUGUUAGCCACAAGACUAAAAUAAAAUAGGAAGUGGAAAGAAAACAUGGUACUAUAUCACAGACGAUCCACCUCUCCUUUUAGAAAUUUGAGCUGGUAAACUUCAGGCAUCCGCUUUAACAAUGUAACCUUGUUAAGCAUUUAUUAUGUUAUUAAGUCUAACUACAAACUUAUCGGAAGGGCUUUCAUACCACCAUUGUGGUCGGAUGAAGCCUGUUUGACACUACAGAGAAUGGGGAUAUAGUUUGGUUUGAAAGAGAGAAGGAGAGAAGACAUGUAGCUUUUAUUUAAUUUAAAACGGCUGUUUUCUUUUUGUGUUUUAACUGUACUGAUGCUGGGACUGGACCAGGCUGAUGUGAGGUGCACUGAUGUGAAGAGCCACACACAAAAACAUACCCCCAGCCCCAUCAAUACAAAGGACAUGUGACCAUACAUGCCCAAAUAAAGAUGAGCAACCUCUUUGACUUUCAUCACAUUUACACACUCGAGCGUCUGUCAUCUCAUUGGGUAACCCAGUGGACAAACUAUAUACAUUCUACAUUUGAACAAAUAUCUAUGGUACAUUCUAUCAACUUUGAUGGUACUCCUUUUUUUUUGUGGCCGGACACAGUCGCCUUGGGUUAUCAGCCUGAGCCAGUUCCAGCGUUUGCACAUUUGCUAAUUGUGAUGGGUAGCACAUCGGGACUAAUCUGUAAUAUUGGUAAUGACUUAUAAUGAGAACAAUGAUAAUGGAUUGUAAAGUAAUCCCUAGUGGUCUGUAUUUUGAUACUUGAAUGAUUCUGCUUUUAUAAAUAUAUAUAUGUAUAUGUAUGUAUGUAUGUAAUGUUCAUUUUCCUUUGGCCAUGUUUGUCGGAACAAGAGAUGACAGAGCGUUUUAACAAGCUCCACAUAUCAUGGUACUGAUCCCAGACCUGUCUUGGGGUGGAAGACGAUCAGGCUCAGACUGAGAGAUUGAGCUCAGACGGACCUCAGUACAGGCACACAGAAACAGACUGUAAAUAAUC